GCCCGGGGACUGGCCCUAAAACGGGAAGGAAACCUUGUUUACCGCGGGCGGAGAGGAGCCCGGCGAGCCUUUGUCUGGGAAGUCAGCAUCUCCGGCUCCGGCUGGGCUGCGCUCGGUGACAUUAGCACUGGGGGGACCGGCCGGCCGGGGGGUCUCCGGGUUCCAGGAUUGUCUCGGAGGCGGAUCCAGGGGGUGACUUUUGUGCAUUCGUUUUCAUUUUCGGAAAGCUCCAUUUCUACCCCGCGUGUCCCCCGGCGGGCAAGUCCUGAUCUUCCAGUCGCCUCGACAGCCCGGGGCUGCCGAUCGGAGCCACUGCCUGCGGCUCUCCCUCCUCCUCCGACUUUGCAAGCCGGCGUCCGGGAGCAGCGACCUCGGCGAGGCAGGAGCGCGGGGGAGCGGAGCGGCGCGCACCGGGACCCAAACCUUGACAUGCUCGCGGGCGCCGAGGAGGGAGCCAGGAGCUGAGCUCGCCCUGCCUGCGCCCGGGCGGCAGCCUCGUUGGUCUGGGGGCGCUUCCCGCCCCGCGGUCGGCAGCCGGCGGGACCAUGCUGCUGAAGGAGUACCGGAUCUGCAUGCCCCUCACCGUGGACGAGUAUAAAAUCGGACAGCUCUACAUGAUCAGCAAACACAGCCACGAGCAGAGUGACCGAGGGGAAGGCGUGGAGGUCGUCCAGAAUGAGCCCUUUGAGGACCCUCACCACGGCAAUGGGCAGUUCACGGAGAAGCGGGUCUAUCUUAACAGCAAACUGCCUAGUUGGGCCAGAGCCGUUGUCCCGAAAAUAUUUUACGUCACCGAGAAGGCUUGGAACUAUUAUCCCUACACAAUCACAGAAUACACAUGUUCCUUUCUGCCGAAAUUCUCCAUCCAUAUAGAAACCAAGUACGAGGACAACAAAGGAAGCAACAACAGCAUUUUCGACAAUGAGGCCAAAGACGUGGACCGAGAAGUUUGCUUCAUUGACAUUGCCUGCGAUGACAUUCCCGAGCGCUACUACAAGGAGUCCGAGGAUCCUAAACACUUCAAGUCAGAGAAGACAGGACGGGGACAGUUACAAGAAGGCUGGAGGGACAACCACCAGCCCAUCAUGUGCUCAUACAAGCUGGUGACAGUGAAGUUCGAGGUCUGGGGGCUUCAGACCAGAGUGGAGCAAUUUGUGCACAAGGUGGUGCGCGACAUUCUGCUGAUUGGGCACCGACAGGCUUUUGCAUGGGUCGAUGAGUGGUAUGACAUGACGAUGGAUGAAGUGCGCGAAUUCGAACGAGCCACUCAGGAAGCCACCAACCAGAAAAUCGGCGUUUUCCCACCUGCGAUUUCUAUCUCCAGCAUCUCCUUGCUGCCCUCCUCCGUCCGCAGCGCCCCCUCCAGCGCUCCGUCCACACCUCUCUCCACCGACGCCCCAGAAUUUCUGUCCGUCCCCAAAGACCGGCCCCGGAAAAAGUCCGCCCCAGAAACUCUCACGCUUCCAGACCCCGAGAAGAAAGCCCCCCUGAGAUUACCCGGCGGGCACUCUGCAGAGAAGCCGUGCAGGCCCAAGUCAGAGUAACUCGUGAUAGGGGUGCGCCCUGGGGCCUUUAUCUUUUCCUUUGGGGGGGUUUUAGGCUACGCUUUGUUUGAAGGAUCAUCCGGGCUCCAGAAAGACAGACGGCUUUGUCACCCAAGCGUAUUCCUCCAUCUCGGGGGUGUGUGUGUGUGCGCGUGUGGUUAAGUCAUUUCACAUAUAACAAAAGGUGAGGGCUGGAUAGAUGUCAAGACCGCAGAUUUUGCAAAGGACAGACCAGGGAGGAAGUCUCGCUAAGGGGCGUUUGGACUUCCGAGGGGC